AUGGAGUCAGGAGACACCCGCCCUCCCGGCAAGGCAGGCUCCUGGUACAGCGGCGAACCCAAGGAACUGAGAGGGCAACUCAACGCCUUCCUCUCUGACGUACCCGAUCAGGUUGAGGACAAAGGCCUGCCGGUUCCUGGCGCUCGAGUCAUCAUCGCCCCCCACGCCGGCUACUCUUAUUCGGGUGCCACGGCAGCCUGGGCCUACAAGGCUCUCGACCUCAGCAGAGCGAAACGUGUAUUCAUCCUUGGACCCUCUCAUACGUUCUACCUCGCAGGCUGCGCCGUCAGCGAGUAUCAGAACUACGGCACACCAUGGGGGGACCUCAAGGUGGACGAGAAGGUCACAGCCCGCUUGCUCGACGAGCUCGAAAUCCCCGCGAUCCCGGAAAGCAACGACAACAAGGAACACUCGCUGGAGAUGCACUUGCCGUAUCUCUGGAUCCGGCUGGAACAAACAUUUGGCUCGCCCGAGAAUUUCCCGCCCAUCGUACCAAUCCUAAUUGGCGAAAACAAUGAGGCCGAGGAGAAGGAGGUGGGCAAGUGGCUCGCCGAGUAUUUCAAGGACCCGGAGAACGCCUUCAUUGUCAGCUCUGACUUUUGUCACUGGGGCAAGCAUUUCCACUACAUGCCAUACUGCCCAGAUGGGACACUCAACAGCAAGCAGAGGCUCUCUGAGCACGACCGCACACCCAACGGACCGCCCAUCCACGAGACGAUCAAGAUGCUGGAUGACCUGGCGAUCGAGGCUAUCAAGACGGGAAAGCACCGCAACUUCUAUGACAGCAUCAAGCAGACCAAGAACACAGUCUGCGGAAGACACCCGAUCGGAGUAACAAUGGCGGCGCUCGAGGAGCUGGGCGACCACCGGUUCACGUUCAUCCAAUACAACCGCAGCGAAUUGAUAAGUCGACCAUCCGACUUUAGCGUGAGCUAUGCUUCGGCUUAUGCAGUAGUAUGA